UUGCGCAGCGAGGAUCACAUCGUCGUACGCGGACUCUCGUUGUCCCCCCCGGCGUCUAAAAGAAAAUGCAGUCGUUCUGUGCGUUUCUUCUUCUGGUGGCGGUCACGCUGGUGUACGGUGAAGUCUACUUCGAGGAAAAGUUCCUGGACGAUUCGUGGGAAAAGAAUUGGGUGUACUCCGAGCACCCUGGAAAAGAGUUCGGCAAAUUUGUACUUAGCCAUGGGAAGUUCUGGAAUGAUCCGGAAAAUGACAAAGGUAUCCAGACUUCUCAGGAUGCAAGAUUCUAUGCCUUGAGCACAAAGUUCAAACCCUUCAGCAACAAGGACAAGCCACUUGUUGUUCAGUUCUCUGUGAAACAUGAACAGAACAUUGACUGCGGUGGUGGAUACGUUAAAGUAUUCGACUGUUCGUUGGAACAGAAGGACAUGCAUGGAGAAAGUCCAUACCAAAUUAUGUUCGGACCCGAUAUUUGCGGACCCGGAACAAAGAAGGUUCACGUCAUCUUCAGCUACAAGGGCAAGAACUUGUUAAUCAACAAAGACAUCCGUUGCAAGGAUGACAUUUACACUCACCUGUACACUCUGAUCGUCAACCCUGAUAACACAUACAAGGUACUUAUUGACAAUGAAGAGGUCGAGUCCGGUGCGCUGGAAGCAGACUGGGAUUUCCUCCCUCCAAAGAAGAUCAAGGACCCAUCUCAGACUAAGCCUGACGACUGGGACGACAAGCCCACCAUUCCCGAUCCUGAUGACCAGAAACCAGAGGACUGGGACAAGCCAGAGCACAUUCCUGACCCUGAGGCUUCCAAGCCAGAAGACUGGGACGACGAGAUGGACGGAGAAUGGGAAGCUCCUAUGAUCGACAACCCCGAGUACAAGGGCGAAUGGAAACCCAAGCAAAUCGACAACCCGAACUACAAAGGGCCGUGGAUUCACCCAGAAAUAGACAACCCCGAGUACACCGCCGACCCAGAACUGUACAAGAGGGACGAGAUCUGCGCGAUCGGUUUCGAUCUCUGGCAGGUGAAAUCUGGCACGAUCUUCGACAACGUUCUGAUCACAGACGACCCAGAGGCGGCUCGUGAAUUCGGUGAAGAAGUCUGGAAGCCCACUCCUGAGGGCGAGAAGAAGAUGAAGGAGGCUCUGGAUGAGGAGGAGAGGAAGCAGAGAGAAAAGGAGAGCAAAGAGAAUGAAGAUAACAAAGACGAUGACGAGGAUGAAGAUGCAGAUGAGGAGGAGAACAGUGUCCCAGAUACUGAAGAACACGACGAAUUGUAAAUAAAUUGUGUCGCGAAUCGACACGAACGCAGACUGUAUUCCAGGAGCUGUGUGGCCGCGACACGCACCAACAAUUUCCAAACGCAAAACGUCACAAACAACCGAUGACCAUCACUUAAUAAUAAUGAGGCGCGCGAACGGGCGAAAAAAGAACGCUGGCUGAACACCCGUAGUUCGUGUGGGGAACAUUUUUUACACAGUGGUGAAGAUCAUCCUCCCUCAAGGUUUUUCCAUUUUUAAUCAAAGCGCACGGCCUUGUCUUUGCAGCCUAAACAACAAAAAAAGAAACAUUUUAAUCCUAGUCUUCAAACUCUUCGUUCGUGUUCCACGAGAAACACUGUCAGUGAGAGAAAGAGAGAAACCCAUGAGAUGUUGGAUCAUCCACAGAGAAAGAGAUAGAGAGAAAGUGGGUCUCGGGUUGUGUGCUGCCGAAGGCACGCUGCAAAUCGAAACACACCUUAUAUUCUUAACUCCCCUAUAUACAUACAUAUGUAAUAUAUAUGUAUUAUAUAAGAAUAGAGUCAUCUUGCCCCGUGUCCCUUCCCCCCACCCGAUGGCACAGCUCCACGAAAAAAGACUAAGUUGUUCCGUUUUUGUUUGUCAAGUGUUUUUUUUUUUUUUAUAUAUAUACCAAUUAAAAGAAUAAUCGAAGGUGUAAUUUAAACGAUGCUAUAUUAUAUAUACAUAUAUAUAUAUGUAUGUAUGUAUUAUAUAUUAUUUCAAUUUCCGUACAGUGUACGCGUAUUAAGAAAAAGCUCGCUCCAGUUUAAAGAAAAAAUGGUUUAAAAUGAAAAAAAAGAGGAAAAAGAAAAGAGGU